AUGGAAGACUAUAAAUAUUUAUUUAAAGUGGUGCUUGUUGGUAAUGCUGGCGUUGGUAAAACGUGUCUUGUACGUAAAUUCACGCAGGGCAUUUUUCCACCUGGGCAGAGUGCUACAAUCGGUGUUGAUUUUAUGAUUAAAACUGUUAAAGUUGAUGAUGACAAAAUAAAGCUCCAAAUAUGGGAUACAGCUGGACAAGAACGUUUCCGUUCAAUUACUCAAAGUUAUUACCGGUCUGCACAUGCCAUAGUGCUAGUUUAUGAUGUAGCUUGCCAACCAAGUUUUGAUUGCUUACCAGAAUGGCUUGGUGAAAUCGAGCAAUAUGCCAAUCGACGAGUGCUAAAAAUACUAGUAGGGAAUAAAAUAGAUAAAGAAGAUGAACGUGAGGUACCGGAAAGGAUAGGAAAGAAUUUUGCAGAUGCUAAUGCUUUUGAUUAUUUCCUCGAAACUUCAGCGCUUGAUGCAACCAACGUUGAUACUUUAUUUCAUGAAGUUGCCACUCGAUUAACAAAUGAUAUGAAGAAAAAUGAUGGAAGAUACUUAGAUUUGAAAAAUGGAAAGGAUUCCGGAUCGAUAAGUUUGUUGGGCCGAGUUACCAUGCAGGCAAACUCUUGCUGUUCAAGAAAUUGA